AUGUCGGAAGGCCUUCAAGUCGUGGCAUUCAUUGCUGAGAAUACUUUCCGGUAUCUGGUUAGGAGCGUCUUCAACGAGGCGGCUGGUGCUAUAGCGAGCCACCAAGGCAUCGAAGCCCAGAUAAUCGGUGUUCUGUGUCCUGAAGAGCUGACCAAUCAGCAGAUGGCAAUCUAUCAACUAAAAGAUUCUGGCCGUUGCUUCCACUGGUCCGCUCGUGUCAGAUCUCCUAGCGAGGUCAUGACCCCGAGUACCAAGAUUCCCACCCCUGUAAGGUUUGCCCUGCCAAUUUGGAGUUUCCCCAUUUACGAUAACAAGUGA